AUGUGUCCCGAGAGACACGGAGAAGAACCAGCGGAGACUGGUUCAACCAGAAGCAAGUGUGCCGCGGAAGCGAAACAAGGGAAGCUGGAAGACGACCAGCAAAAGCGAAGAAACAUUUCAUUGCAAGGCCAGGCAGGGCGAGGAGCGGCAAGGCAGGGUGGGACAGCGCACGCCAGAGUAGUGCGCGAAGGAGAAGGACAAUCGAGGGCAGUUCAAGUAAAGGCAAGACAAGGGCUGAUUGAUCUGAUCCGUGAAUCUCUGCAGACCUGUUUGACCAAGCUGCUGAGUGAACAAAACAAAACCACGACAGAUAUGGACAAUUGCGUCACCGCCGAGUUGUUCAACAAUACAAACGUGAGCUCUAGUCUUCCGUCUGUCGUGACUAAUUCCACUGAAGUGCAAACUGUCAAUGAUCUCUUAGCCAACUGCUCCUCUGACUUCGCAAUGGUCAGCUCAGUCACCGGGGACAUCACACAGUGGUACUGCAUAUGUCUAAAUACAAUCAUAACCUACAACCAGGGACCUCCUUAUGGGUCAAAUUCAACCAAUUUUCCGUCAAUUGUAGAUCCAAUUACAAACGAAACAAUUGUUUGCAAUCAAACAAACUCUGACAUUCGGCUUUUCAAUGGUGGAAAUCUUACCGCAGCCACAACAUUGGCAAAUCUCACCACAACCACAACUUUGGCCAUAAGUCCAUUGGUUGCGGGGCUGAUUGAUCUGAUCCGUGAAUCUCUGCAGACCUGUUUGACCAAGCUGCUGAGUGAACAAAACAAAACCACGACAGAUAUGGACAAUUGCGUCACCGCCGAGUUGUUCAACAAUACAAACGUGAGCUCUAGUCUUCCGUCUGUCGUGACUAAUUCCACUGAAGUGCAAACUGUCAAUGAUCUCUUAGCCAACUGCUCCUCUGACUUCGCAAUGGUCAGCUCAGUCACCGGGGACAUCACACAGUGGUACUGCAUAUGUCUAAAUACAAUCAUAACCUACAACCAGGGACCUCCUUAUGGGUCAAAUUCAACCAAUUUUCCGUCAAUUGUAGAUCCAAUUACAAACGAAACAAUUGUUUGCAAUCAAACAAACUCUGACAUUCGGCUUUUCAAUGGUGGAAAUCUUACCGCAGCCACAACAUUGGCAAAUCUCACCACAACCACAACUUUGGCCAUAAGUCCAUUGGUUGCGGCUCCUGUUGAACCUCUCCCUCCGAGACCCAAAGCCUUCAAAGGUGACGCAAGGAUAAUUGAAAACGGAGCUAUUAUUGCGACGGUGACAAAUUUAGUGCUGGUGUGGACUUCGUGA